AUGUUCAAGUUGGUCUUCAUCGCUUUGAUCCUGGGCUACGGUAAGUGCUUUGGUGCAGUUAAGUUGGGGCUGUUUGGCAUGCAAUUCGUCUUUUCAUUGAUACAAGACUCAGCCCAGCCCAAAAUAGUUCUUUGGAAAUGCAAUGAAUUCAGUUUCUUGUCUCUGGUGAAGUAGCCUCUCUCUCCAAGAUGAGCUUCGUCGUGGUACAAGAGCAUACAAAUUUGCACAAAAUGAACAUAACUUUGGAACUCCCUACCUAUUGAUAUCAGGGAACAGCUUUCACUGUACUCUUUUCGGCGCUGGCUGAAAAUGUUUUGCUUAGGCAAACCUACCGAGACAUGUAGACCGUUGACACCUGCUUAAUCUGGUCUUUAGCUUAUCAUUGGUUUUAAUUAUGAUUUUUUGACAGUUUAAAAUGGUUCUGCUUUUUAAACGGUGAUUUCAUUUUUAUUCUUUUUGUAAGCUCCUUUGAGGUUGUUGUUGUUUACAAUCAAGCAAUAUAUAAAUUCAGAAAUAAAUGAAAUAAAUAGCCUCUGGUAGCUUUUUUUUAAAGGAUGCUUCUGCCAAAAAGCCAUGAACAGAUUCAUUAAACCAAUAAUGGACAAAACCAGUGUGUCCAGCUCUGGCUCCCUUGUGGUACCCAAGAUGCUCAUCUCAGUCUCUGUCUCUCUCCUCCCUCUCCCUAAUUUUCCCUUUCAUCAUCCCCACACCUGCUAUCUUCUUCCAGCCCACGGCUGUGGCAAAUCUGCUUAUCCACCCAACAUUUCCCGUGUUGUCGGAGGUGAGGACGCCAGACCCCAUAGCUGGCCUUGGCAGGUAAAUCCGCAAUGUUUUUCCCCCACGUGUGGUGCAAGCGUCAUGUUUGCUUUUUAGGAGGGGAGAAAUGGCCCAGUGUCAUCCUGCGGAACAUCUCGCCACCAGAAGUGGUAGAAGCGGCUGCAGGUUCUGAAGUUCUCAGGCCCAGCCAUGGACAGGAAGAUUAUCACGGCCUGUUAGCAGAGUGGAUGAUCCAGCACUGUGCUGGAUCUAUAUACUGAAGGGGAGAAAUGGUUUGUCAGCUGUUGCCACUGCCUCCCAUCUCCAGCUUUGGAGGAGAGACAGUCACUACCUCUCAGCCCAACCUACCUCGCAGGGUUGGUGUGUGGAUGAAAUGGGGAAGGCUGCAGAACCAGGCAUGCUGCCUUGAAUUACUGGGGGGAAAGGUGGGGAUAUAAAUGCAGUGAAUUGAUAUAUAAGAAAUGUCAAGGUGUGGGGCCAGUAUUGUGGCAAAGAUACCGGGUCGACACAUCAAAAUAUUUGUUCUUGACCCGUACAGCUAACAGCCAUCUGCCUUGGGGGGGUUUGCUUUUCAGGUCUCCCUCCAGUACGACAAGAACGGCGUCUGGGCUCACACAUGUGGCGGAACCCUGAUUGAGUCCAACUGGGUCUUGACAGCUGCUCAUUGCAUCAGGUAAGCAGCACCCCACCAACAGCAAGGAUACUGCAGAAACCCAUCAGGCUGCAAUGGUCCUGAGGUUGCAAUGGAGCGGUCACCUAGCAAUACUGGAACACCCACACUUAGGGUUGCCAUAUUCCCAAAAGUGAAAAUCUGGACAAAGUUGUUGAGCAUUUUUGGGGAGGGAUCUCCCCCUCCCCAUUUAAGUUUUUGGACUUUUUUUGGUGGGGGGGUUAUAAAAGCAUUUAAAAAAAAAACAAAAAAAACUGCCCUACUUGCCACAUGUACAGGUUUUCCCAGACAUUUUGCCGAUUCAGCAAAAACCCACCUGAACAACUUUUUGCAGCCUGAUUCCCGGAUGUGUCCAGGAAAACACGGACAUAUGGCAGCUCUACCCACGCUACCAUUCAAAUUUCCUUGUUUCACAUCAAUGUGUUCCACUGAACCCUGAGCCGAACCUUUUAGACUUUAAAAAAAAAAAAAUGCAAAAUGGGCAAGCCAACUGCAGGAGGUCACUUUUUUGUGACAUAAUUUCAGAACUUGUUCAGAAUGGCCACAGGAUUUUUCUGGAUGGAAGGAGUCUAUAAGGUCCCUCUGUUCAUGCUGAAAAAAAUACCAAGAAAAUCAUGCUGCACUCUCAGGUCAAGAGCGUUUUGUUUGACAUGUCCGAUAGAACCAAAAGCGGUUCAUUCAUAGCUCAUCACUGCUAAUGAGAAUUUUGCAAAUAUGGGGUUGGAGAUCUGGGAUAGCUCACUCGGUCAAACAUGGGGCUCUUAAUCUCAGAGUCAUGGGUUCAAAAGGGGUGAUACACACAAUCAAAUGUCUUUCAAUAAAAUGUUGGUUUUAUUUAUUUCAUAAAAAUUUAUACACUCCAUGAUUGUAAAAAACAAACAAAAAGCCAACAACCUUCAAAGCAGUUUACAAAGGGGGAGGGGGACAAUAAAAUUUUGAUUAAAAACAAUGAUUUAAAACAUUCAUAAAAUUUAAAUUAAUUAUAAACUAGAUGCGGGUGGUGCUGUGGGUUAAACCACAGAGCCUAGGACUUGCCGAUCAGAAGGUCUGUGGUUCGAAUCCCCACGACGGGGUGAGCUCCCGUUGCUUGGUCCCUGCUCCUGCCAACCUAGCAGUUCAAAAGCACGUCAAAGUGCAAGUAGAUAAAUAGGUACCGCUCCAACGGGAAGGUAAACAGUGUUUCUGUCCGCUGCUCUGGUUUGCCAGAAGUAGCUUAGUCAUGCUGGCCACAUGAUCCGGAAGCUGUAAGCCGGCUCCCUCAGCCAAUAAAGCGAGAUGAGCGCCGCAACCCCAGAGUCGGUCACGACUGGACCUGAUGGUCAGGGGUCCUUUUACCUUUACCUAAAAACAGAUUAAAGCACACACCAACAUUCUUCAUCGCUGGGUAGGCUUGUCUCAGCAAAAAUGUUUUAAGCAGGUGCUGGGAAGAGUACAGCAAAGGAACAUGCCUGGUGUCAAUAGGCAGGGAGUUCCACAGUGUAGGUGCUGCCACACUAAAAGAUUGAUCAGGUGGAACAGAUAUUAUGUGGUGCUUGUAACCGUGCCAGUUCCGUGGAUCAAAGCAGUCAACUGGGUAAUAAAGGCAUUUUGCAGGUAAGCUAGUCCUAAGCUGCUAACACCUUGCACUUGGCCCAUUAAUAACACACAGACACACACCCUGCCAAAAGACCCUGCUCAUUUCUAGGAAGACAAAAUACUCAAUGUACAAAGGAAGGAAGCUUUUGGGAAGGCAUCAAAGAAUCUGCAUUUCAUUUGAUAUUCAUACACACACAACAUCACUGCCUGUUCCUUAUGUCUGUAGCUCCAGUCGGACUUACCGCGUCCUUUUGGGCAAACAAAACCUGGAAGUAGAGGAGGCCGGCUCUGUGGCUGUUGGUGUGGAAAAGUUGAUCGUCCACGAGAAGUGGAACUCCUUCUUGGUCAUGUAAGUUGACGUGGGAUCCAGAAAGUCAGGCAACAGCUGCCCAAGUCCUGAUCCUGCCAAAAUAAUUCCUGCUGGUAUCUGGUUUUGCUAGUGAGAGAAAUCACAUAGGAACUUGAGUGUGUUGCUGUUGUUUUGGGGGGGUGUCUGCUUACGGGAUGACCUAUUAAAUUGGUUUGCCAUUGCUGACAGGCAAAUUACCAGCACUGCCUUAAGACAUACGAUGAUGGCUGUGUUGGGAAUAUUCCAUUCCACCUUAAGGAGUAGACAUGGAACUGUUGCGUGUCACAUGUCUGUUUACAUUCCAGCACAGCUUGCUGGGAACUUCUGUUGUGUGUACAGCUUUUGCUUUUCUCUGUCUCUCUGAGAAGCCGAGAGAGAGAGAGAGAGAGAGAGAGAGAGAGAGAGAGAGGACAUGUUUCUUUCUUUGUCCUGGUUUAUGAUUAAUAAAUCCGUAGUUGUAGUAUGCUUCCACAAGCCUCACGCCUAUUUUGUGUGCGCAGUUUGCUGGGCUGAUAUAGUGUGCCCUGGAUUUGAAGCCUGGGUCGCUGAUUUACGUUGGAGCAGAGGCCGAUGGGUCUUCGCAGUGGGACGGCUGGAAGGAGACGACCCAGCUGGGGCUAGCCAGCUGGCCUUGCGACCCUCUGCAUGCCGACAGGCUGCUGGCUUAGAAAACUUGAAAAGUGGAUUUAACAAAUGCAGGCAGUGUUGCAGAAAUGGCGUGCCUUUUCUCCUGAUGGGAUGCGGGUGGCGCUGUGGGUUAAACCACAGAGCCUAGGACUUGCCGAUCAGAAGAUCUGCGGUUCAAAUCCCCGCAACGGAGUGAGCUCCCGUUGCUCAGUCCCAGCUCCUGCCAACCUAGCAGUUCAAAAGCACGUCAAAGUGCAAGUAAAUAAAUAGGGACCGCUCCGGGGGGAAGGUAAACGGCGAUUCCGUGCGCUGCUCUGGUUCGCCAGAAGCGGCUUAGUCAUGCUGGCCACAUGAUCCAGAAGCUGUACGCUGGCUCCCAAGGCCAGUAAAGCGAGAUGAGUGCCGCAACCCCAGAGUCGGCCACAACUGGACCUAAUGGUCAGGGGCCCUUUACCUUUCUCCUGACAAGAAUUGCAUUUCCUGUGGGUAUUCUGCUGCAGGGGUGCAUACGCUCAUGUCAGGUGGUACCAGUCAUUUCUCUCUUCCACCCCUUUUCUCUCUCUUUUUGCCACCCUUCCCUGUCCUUUUUCCUGACACCCCCUUCUCUCUCUCUCUUCUUCUGUCUCUCAAUCUCUCGUUCUCUCUCUCUCCCCCCCCCCCCAUCAUUCAGCAAGCUGCCAGGGGAAGGACAGAUUUCACCCUCUUGGGUUGAUGGCAGUUGCAGUCCGAACAUCUGGAGGGCAUGAGGUUGGGGAAGGCUGGAGAAUAUUAAGUUUGACUCCUCUGGGUGAAAAGCUGCUUUCGAAAAUGAAAACAUAAACCUCUGUGCCCUCUUGGCUUCACUUUUCAGCAAUGACAUUGCCCUCCUCAAACUGGCUGAGCAUGUGCAGUUCAGUGACACGAUCCAGGCCUCUUGCCUCCCUGCCGCAGACGCUGUGCUAGCCCAGGAUUACCCCUGCUACAUCACUGGAUGGGGACGACUCUGGAGUAAGUUGGGUGCUCCCUGUCCUGGGCAUGAGCAUUCUGGAAACAGCUGGACAAAAACCUUAGGGGUUGCAUCCAAUGCCAGUCCUACUGAGAGUAGACCUAUUGAAGUUCAUUCACUUCAUUGGGUCUACUCUGAGUACAACUUCAGUUGGAUACAAGGUACCAAAGCUCCCCCAGAACUUCUCGAAGGAUUCUUCUCUGUACACUAAGAAGGAGGCUCGCUUUUUGCAGUUCAGUGUCUGUGUUGUCUGCCUUUAAGAAGAUGGGAGGAAUCUGUCAAUUUGAGAUUCUCUCAGUUUCUCAUUUUUACAGUCUUAAGUUCAGUGUUCCACAUUUCCGCAUCAGUUUGCAAAUUUCUUUUUUUAAAAAUACCUAUGGAAAACCAUCAGCAUUUUAGAGUGAAUUUAUCUUAAGACACACAUUCUUGGAUGCAAUUUCCCCUUACAUACACAUUUAUUUCUUUUACCAAACAAUUUCCCCUAAUAGAAUAUAUAUGUGUGCGUUGUUUUUACUAAUCUAUGCAUUUUAUGCAAACUUUCUCCUAAGAUACACUUUUUUUGCACACCGCUUGUUUGGAGAACUAUAAUACAACUUUCAAUUAAGUGUGAAUACUGAAGAGUAGCUGUGUUUCAGUCUGCCUAUUGAUUCAGAAAAGGCAAAUUAGAUAAGUUUGCAUUAAAAUCCAAACCAAGCCAAGUUCCUCCUCAUCCCUACUCUUAAGUGUCUCUCUGUUGACUGUGUGUCUGUGUGUUAAGGGGGCAUGAUUGUGGGCUUUCUGGUCCUGCACACAGGAAGGGGGGGGCUAGUCCCACCCACUUUUGAAAUGUGGUCCCCAACAGCACCCCAAGGAGUAAUGUGACCUUCUGUCCAAAAGAAGGUUCCCCAAUAUUCAUGCAGAGUUGCCAGCUUUUGAUUUCAUAAAUUCAGGUAGCCUGGCAAAGGCCAGAUGGCAGAUCAAAGUGGGAUACGGGGGCAAGCAGGUUGUGUGUAAAUGUGGUUUUGACUCUUUGGGGAAGACUCCUUACCACUUUCCUGUCUGUUCCACUCUGUAGCCAAUGGUCCCAUCUCUGACAACCUUCAGCAGGCCUUGCUUCCUGUGGUAGAUCAUAAGACUUGCACCAAAUGGGACUGGUGGGGCUCCAUGGUCAAGACCACAAUGGUGUGCGCAGGAGGCGAUGGUGUCGUUUCAGGUUGCAACGUAAGUCUCCCCAAACUCUUCCUUCCUCAUAGAGCCUUCCCCACUUUCUCACUCUGAAGAACGUUGCUUGUGGUUUCAUUAGUUUGCACAUUUUCCUCCAUGAAAACAAAGAGCGGUCCUUGCUUGAAUCCCGACUCAGUCCAAGUGACCCUUGCCAAGCCACUUAGGAAGUUGUGUUAGCAGAUCUUUGCAGCUUAGGUGAAUUAGAUUGGAAUAAUCACUUACCCUUUCUGGAGUUCAAAGGCUUUAUUCAUGCAGGAACUGUUUGUGGAAUGUGUGAAGACGAGACAGAGAAAAUAAGAGACAUAUUGUAUGGAGAGAGCAACAAACAAAAUGGCUCAGCUUUUAGGGGUGGAGUUAACAUAGGCAUAGAAGCUACAAGCUAGUGCUGGCUAGAAUGCUACACAACCAGUUUCCUCUGGUGGUUAAAGUAAAACAUGCAUUAUCUAGAAGUGCAGAAGGAAAUGAAUUUGCUUUUCUCCAGCAUUUAUAAUGUGCUUUAAACGUAUGGUGUAUAUGCAGGGAUGGAGAAACAAGGUGUGUUGGAUUCUUUUUAAGGGGAUUUGGAUAGUGGCAGGGGUGAAUGGGGCCAAAGGACAGAGAGUAUAUAUGGGAGAAAUGUUGGGUGCAAACACCAACCCUGAAAGCCCUACCUACAAGUUGCAUUGCAGGCAGAAAUUCAAAUAGUUUGGGAACUGCUGUAAGGCAGGGAUGGGGAAUCUGUGCCCCUCCAUCACACACUAACACUCCAGAUAUUGUUGAAUUGCCAUCAUCCCCAGCCAGCCUGGCCAAUGUUCAGGGAUGAUGGGGGGUGGGGUUGUGGUCCAGCAACAUCUGGAGAGCCACAUGUUCAGCCUGCAUAAAACAGACACACAGACCUAUGGACCCUGUCAAGCACAAAUGUGAGCUUUGCCAACCCAGGACUCCACUUCCAUUUUGCCCAGCCCUUGGAUCAUAGUAGGGAAACAGAGGUAUAUGCAUCCUGUUUUCUUCUGGCAGGGGGAUUCUGGAGGACCCUUGAACUGCCAAGGCGGCAGCAACUGGGAAGUUCAUGGCAUCGUGAGCUUUGGAUCAGGGUUGGGCUGCAACACCGCUAAGAAGCCGACCGUUUUCACCCGUGUAUCUGCUUAUGUUGGUUGGAUUCGUGAGGUGAGGUUCCCGUCUUUUGCCCAGCAAAGCUGCGAUGGUCUGGAUGGAAGGCUUAAUUCGUACUUGUGCAGCUGACUUUUCUUUUUCUUGAAUGCCAGUCUGGGAAACUUUAACAUCUAGCGUCUGCAUAAUUUCUUGUUCAGAACUCAAAAGACUUCUCAGUGUCCAAAUGCUGAAAUCCAGCAUUUGUGUUUUGUUAGAAACUGAGAAGCAUCUUUUAUCAUUUCAUUGUGAGCAGUUUGGGAGUGGCAUUCCAGCUUUAGGGCACAGUAGAUGGUCCCCAGUCAAAUCAUCAACAUUUUGGCAUAUUCUGGUUUUAUAUUUUUAUUUUUUGGGGGGAGAAAGAUUCAGUCCAACUGAUUAAUUGACACGCUUAACUGGGAGUAACCCCAUUUGAGCUCAGCAGGGCUUGUUUUUCAGUAGACAUAAGUAGGACUGUGCUGUAAAUUCCAAACUUUGCAACUCCCUGCCUAUUGACAUCUGGCAGGUGCCUUCACUGUAUUCUUUUCAGCACCUGCUUAAAACAUUUCUGCUUAGACAAGUCUACCCAGGUAUGAAGAAUGUUGACAUGUCUUUUAAUCUGUUUUCAGUUUAUUGUUGAUUUUAAUUAACCUUUGCAUGUUUUAAAUAGCUUUUUUGGGGGUUGUCCUUACUGGUGAUUACCGUAUAUUGUUUUCUUUUUUGCAAACAGCUUUAAGGCUUAAGGGUAUUUUUUUAAAAAAUAAAUAAACCAAGAGGGUAUUUUAAAAAAUAUUUAAUUAAUUAAUUGAACUUUGGUUCCAUUGAACCCACUGGGAUUUAAGUCAAGUCAUGACUUACCGUAAGUUUUAUUUUCAUCAGGGGCCAAAAUCCCCACACGAAAAUGCAGAAGGGGCAUUUGGUCAGCCGUGGUUUAGGAACAAAGACUGAGUUCAGCAAGCUGUUUGCUUCUGGCCCAUCCUGGCAAUUACUGUAUUCUGAUACCUAAAUUCUAAUGCCCAAAUUCACAUCUAUAUUUUUGGUCUCUUUUUCCUCCUCUAGAAACUGAAUGAGAACUGA